AUGAAUUCGGAACAGGAAAUGAUUUCUGUAAAUAAUGCUCUGUUACCCAUUAAGCGACUAUAUGAUCCCCAUACCAAUAAAAUGAAACAGAUAUACGUAUUUCCCAAAGAUAUUAGCGAUACCGAACAAAAUUCAAAACGAUUAACCAUCAAGAUUAAAAUGACUGGGAUUACGUAUACUCAAGAUUUCCAUCAAGAAGCCUUAAGACCAGUAGUACCAGGUAGGAGUAUAAUCGGUAAGAUUGAAUACUGCCCAAGUGGAUUAUCUGAAUUAUUCAAAAUCAGAAAAGGUCGUAAAUAUUUAGUAUAUCCCUAUUCUACCUGCGAGUUGGAGAACCUUCACUCGAAUAAGGAUUGUAAUUGUGAAAUAAUGUAUGGAAGAGAUAUAGAUGGAGGAAUGCAAGAUUGUAUAAGUGUGCCUUUUCAAUUAGUGAUUCCAAUUCCGAAUAAUGUGAGCUUGCAUGAUGUUUGCUUUAUAUGGGAUAUAAUUAUGCCAUUUUAUAUUCAAAUAAUGACGAUGCAUGAAAGUAUUAAGAAAUCGAAUCGAAAAAUAAUGAUAAUUUUGAACGACAAGAAGAAGCAAAUCAAUGAAAUCUUGAUUGUUUUAAAUUAUUUCCAUAUUCCACAAACUUCGGUGGUAUUUAUGGAUAAUGACUCCAAGAAGUUUAAUUUUCGUGAAUUUGAAGAACAGUUUGAUACUAUAUUCUGUUUUGAUCCCGAAUUGAUGAAUUUAGCUGAAUUCUGUUGUAUUCCAAAUUCAAAAUCAACGAUAUUUACAAACUUCCCAGUCACCAGUAAAUCUGAUGAUAGAAGCUACCAUCAUAUGAAAUUGAUCCACGAAAAUAAAAUUCACUGUCUAGAUGUAUUAACCAUCAUAUCACGAUUAAAUGAAUCCCGUGAAACUAACCAAAGAUCAUUACCUUCACCUUCUACCACCGAUAAUUCUUCCAUGUCUGAACAAAGUUCGCAUGAUGGUUUUUACACUAGAAAAUAUAGAAAUUAUUCAUGGAUUUGGUAUGAACGAGAUUACCAUUUUGUAAAUUUUGCCGAUUUGGAUGAAAUUCAUGAAGAUGAGAAUGAUGAUGAUAGUAGGGAUAGUAUUCAUUCAAUUGAUGAUAUCAAUAGAUUGAUUUCACUGAGGCAAUUAAAUCGCUUUUGUUAUCUUAAUCGAUGUUCACAUAAUAAGAAGAAAAAAGAAGUUCCAUUUGUAACUAUAUAA